CUCCCGCGGCAGCUGAGCUGAGUUGGUUGGAUCCGGAUCCGGAUGCGGUUCGGUUCGGUUCUUUUAUCGCUCCGCAGCGUGACAGCUGGCUUCGGUUCGGGUCUCCAUGACAACAGAAUCAGCGGCGGGAGAUAUACAUGGCUCUGACAGCGUUUGUUAGCAUGGAGGCGCGUGACGAGCGUUUGGAGAAGCAGGCGUGUGGCGGCGCUCUGCAGGUGCAUCUGUACAGAGACGAGGCGAGCGCGCUGACGCUGACGCUGACGUAUCCGGCCGGAGAAUACGUGAGCGAAGAGCUCUGCAUCAGCGCCGCCAAGGAGUGCGGUGAGUCCCACACACUCACUCACUCACGUACACACACACACACAGUCUUCAGAAAUGAACUGUUUUCUCGGGUCAGGACGCAGUUCGCCAUCAGCCGCUUGCGCCGAUGUGAAAACCACAGUGGCGUUUAUAUCCUGCGGUGCAGCCCGAGAGAUUACGACCGGUACUUCCUGUCCUUCGUGGUUGAGUUUGAGGGUCAGCUGGAGUUUAAGCACUGUCUGGUCGUUCUCUCUCUCUCGGGAGAGUUUGUGCUCAACGGAGCCAAAUGCAGCUUCAGCAGUCUGGGUGAAUUACUGCAGCACUACCAGAAGGAGGCGCUGCGCUCCGACAGACACGUGUUCCAGUUCAGCCGCCGCUGUCCGCCGCGCAGCAAAGAUAAAUCCAAUCUGCUGGUGCGCAGGAACAGCCAAACCUCUGACGCGUGUCUCUCGCCUUCUGAACUCAAACACAUCAACCAGAUGAUCUUCCACAAGAUCCGUAAAGAGGAUCUGGAGACGAGGGAGAGUUUGGGUCAGGGUGCGUUCACGCAGGUCUUCCGCGGCGUCCGGAGGGAGCUCGGAGAUUACGGAGAGAUCCACAAGAUGGACGUGGUACUCAAAAUCCUGGAUAAAACCCACCGCAACUACACUGAGUCGUUCUUCGAGUCGGCGAGCAUGAUGAGCCAGCUAUCCCACAAACACCUGCUGCUCAACUACGGUGUCUGUGUGUGCUCUGAUGAGCACAUCAUGGUGCAGGAGUAUGUGCGCUUCGGCUCUCUGGACACGUACCUGAAACGAAACCGCAACACCAUCAACAUCACCUGGAAGCUGGAGGUGGCUAAGCAGCUAGCAUGGGCACUACAUCACCUGGAGGAGAAGAACCUGAUCCACGGAAACGUCUGCGCCAGGAACGUUCUGGUGACCCGAGAAGAAGACCGAAAGACGGGAACGCCUCCGUUCAUCAAGCUCAGUGACCCGGGGAUCAGCAUCACCGUCCAGCCCAGAGAACUUCUGGUGGACCGGAUCCCGUGGGUUCCUCCCGAGUGCGUGAAGGACAGCAAGAGCCUGAGUUUGGCAGCAGAUAAGUGGAGCUUCGGCACCACGCUGUGGGAGAUCUACUGCAGCGGAGAACAUCCGCUCGCGGCGUACGACGGGUCCAAGAAGCUGCUGUUCUACGAAGACAAGCACCAGCUUCCAGCUCCGAAGUGGACUGAACUGGCCAGCGUGAUCAACAGCUGCAUGGAGUACGAGCCGCUGCAGCGGCCCUCGUUCAGAGCCGUCAUCCGAGACCUCAACAGCCUCUUCACGCCAGACUACGAGCUGCUGGUGGAGAGCGACACGGUUCCCAGCAGGCAUCGGGCGGUGGGUCUCGCCGGAGCGUUCGAGAGCCAGGAACCUACUCAGUUUGAGGCCAGACACCUGAUCUUCCUCCAGCUGCUGGGGAAGGGGAACUUCGGCAGCGUGGAGAAGUGCCGCUACGAUCUGAAUCACAAUUUGUUUAGUCGUAGGAACCUGCGGCUGGUCAUGGAGUUUUUGCCGUUUGGUAGUUUGAGAGAUUAUCUUUCUAAAAACAAGGAGCGUUUCGACCACACGAAGCUUCUGCUGUACGCCUCUCAGAUCUGUAAGGGCAUGGACUACCUGGCGUCCAAGCGCUACGUCCAUCGAGAUCUGGCCACCAGGAACAUUCUGGUGGAGAGUGAGUUUCGUGUGAAGAUCGGAGACUUCGGCCUGACUAAAGUUCUUCCUCAGGAUAAGGAGUAUUACACCGUCCGCGAGCCGGGCGAGAGCCCCAUCUUCUGGUACGCGCCGGAGUCUCUGACUGAGAGCAAGUUCAGCGUGGCAUCAGACGUCUGGAGUUUCGGAGUCGUUCUCUAUGAACUCUUUACAUACAGUGACAAAAGCUGCAGUCCUCCAGCUGUGUUUAUGGAGCAGAUGGGGGAGGACAAGCAGGGCCAGAUGAUCGUUUAUCACCUGAUCGAUCUGCUGAAGCGCAGCUACCGUCUGCCGGCUCCUGACGGCUGUCCUGCCGAGGUGAAGACCGCGAGACCGCGAGCGAAUCAUGCGGAGAGUGCAGAGAGUGACCCGUCUGUGUGUGUGUGUGUGUGGCAACCCUGCGUAUGA